AUGAGAUGUGUUUCUCAGCCUGAGCUCCAGCGCAUCAACAUCAGCCCUGUUCUCGCACUCUUCACGUACCGAGUCGGGCGCAUCUUGCAGUGGCUUUGAAUCAACGGCUCAGAUUUCAUCUUGGCAAAGAGAAGCUUCAAGGACAGUCCAGAGGGCAAGGUCCUCUCGAUGCGCCAUCCGCUUGGGGACCUUCCGAGCCUGCUGGUCAUGUUUGGCGCCAUCCCCAAGCCUUUGGAUGAAAGCAGCUGUGCCUUGGGGUGGGAUGAGUGGCCGCAGGUGAGGCGUCUUCUGACCCGAGUGCAGCGUUCUUCCACGCAGGUGUUUGGAGAGGAGUGGGGUGAUGAAGGCCGGUCUGCAGAGACUAUCUGACCAGCCAACAAUCACGGGAC